AACCUUUGACCAUUUGUAACUACACAUUCACUCUGUCUCAUUUCGUAGGCCAUUUAAAUGUAAUUUUUCUUCCUUUUUUACUAAAAAUUAUCAUUACUAACCUACAUUAUUAAGCUACAUCAUAAUGUCAGCUGAAAGACAGAGGACUUCAAAAAAGACAACGAAUAAACGAAAAAGAAGUUCUAUAAACAGAUUUGUACAGCUGGAUCGAAAUGAUGUUGCCAGCCAUCGGCCGGGAAAAAGUAAAGUUUUGCAGAUAUGGAACUUCGUGAUGAGAAACCUGGAAAAUAUACUUUUACCCCAUCCGGUGAAAACAGCUUUAUUGCUUUGUUCUAUUGUACUAAUAGGUUCUGUACUGCAUGAUCUAGAUGUGAUGCCAAAAUCUUAUUUCUCAGGCUCCAAAAACGUAUUUAAUCAGUGGGGUGUCAAAUGGGGUUGGGGCUGGACUUUAUCAUUACUUACCCCUUACAUGGUUUUAGCGGGCCUACUUACGUGUGAUAAGCAGUGGUACUUGGUACUGAAGGACUGUUUGAGGUUAGCUGUCGGAACAUUCUUUUGGUUUGCAUGGAUCCAGUUGUUUCUAGCGAUUGAACACGUAACAGGCACCUGCAAUGCAAGUGGUUUCCCAACUAAGAAGUCGUGCAUCCGUGCUGGUUUCCAAUGGGAUGGAUUUGAUAUAUCAGGACAUACUUUUAUUUUAAUCCAUAGUCUGCUGACGAUACUAGAAGAACUGCAGUUGAUGCGUCAAAUUUACUCCAAUGAUAGAAAAAUUGAAAUGAGUUGUCAGCAUAUAUCAUGGUUGGACACUGUACAACCAAUGCUUAAGCAAUUACUUUAUAUAUUUACAUUCCUUUUAGUCUUCUUGUGUUAUUUAUGGAUGUGGAUGCUACUAUGCACUGCUGUAUAUUUCCAUACAUUCAGCCAUAAAAUCCUUGCUGCUCCAAUUGCUAUUGGGACAUGGCUUUUUAAUUAUCGAUUUUGGUAUCAGAAACCAUUCUCUCCUGGACCAGUGAGAAGUUUAAACUUGAAAAGUUAAUGGUUACCAGUAAACGGUUUUAUAACUAAGUGGCCUAUAAUCACCAGCUUGUGAUCUGAGGGGUGAUUUAAGUGGAUGUUUUAAGUUUGCUGCUCAAAUAAGAGUUUCUCUGUAGAGAAACUUAGCUGUGUUGGUCAAAUCUGGCCAGUUUGACCCAAAACAAAAAAAAAACCAAUGUUGGAAAAAAAUUGUAUGUUCUCUGUAUUCAAGUGUGAACAUUGAUAUGAUUUGACAUAUUAUCUUGUCUUCUCAAAAUUGUAACUUAAAUGCAGUGGUGGCACCAGAAAUUUGCCAACUGUGGGCGUCUGAACCAAGGGGCCAUGACUAGAGCCUUUGGUCGGGGUCCAGUAAUACAUAUCACUGGUAGAGUUCAUGGGGAGAAGUUUCAUGUCCGGCAUAUAUGGCCCAAAUUGAAAUUGGACAACCAAUGAUUUGAUUGGCAAUCAAAAUAACAUUAUUUGGAAAAAUAAAUUAAUAUUUUUAGUCCAACAAUCGUGGGGUGUUCCGGCCUGUCUAAUGAGACAAUUGCCCCCUCGGUCUCCACUGUGUAAGGUAAAUACAAUUAAGAUUUUAACAUGAUACAAUACUCAUAGUAUGUUGAGCUAAUAGAUAUAAACAAUAAUUAAUUUAACUUUUCUUUACUGUAUAGAGUACCACAGGCGUGUCGUCACAACGCCAGGUGGCGCCCUCUGUUGCCAACCAGACGUUGGUUACUGUUCAUUACGCCUGAAUGAC